GCAGAAGCCCGAGGCCACCGACUAUCCUUAACGCUAGCAUCCCUUCACCCAGGCGCCGAGAUUGGGCGAAUAGCGAGCAAAUACGUCCGCGUUUCUCUGCCUGCUCCCCCACCGGCCUCCCUUCCUCCAUCCCCGGCGCUGACAGCAGACAAGGCCGAGGUCGUCUUAGUGCAGGCCCAGCCGCAAAGGCUCGACCUGUUUACCCCACCUCCGCGUCCUCCGACUCCCCACCAGCCUCUGCCCGCGGAACCGCCACCGGACCGGCCCGAGGGAGACAAAGAGCCCAGGCAUCAUCCCAUCCUAACAGCCGCCAACAUGAACCACCAUCACACCCAGCAGCAGCAGCAGAAAGCCGGCGAGCAGCAGCUCAGCGAGCCCGAGGACAUGGAGAUGGAGGCUGGGGACCCAGAUGAUCCUCCAAGAAUUCCCCAGAAUCCAGUUAUCAAUGGGAACGUGGCUAUGGCAGACGGACACAACAACACAGAGGAGGACAUGGAGGAUGACACAAGCUGGCGCUCGGAAGCCACUUUCCGUUUUGUGGUGGAGCGCUUUAGCAGGCUGAGUGAGUCUGUUCUCAGCCCACCCUGUUUUGUGAGAAAUCUGCCCUGGAAGAUCAUGGUGAUGCCCCGCUUCUACCCAGACAGACCUCACCAGAAGAGCGUUGGCUUCUUCCUUCAGUGCAAUGCUGAGUCAGACUCUACAUCCUGGUCAUGUCAUGCUCAAGCCAUGCUCAAAAUAAUCAACUACAAAGACGAUGAGAAAUCCUUUAGCCGCCGCAUUAGUCACCUGUUCUUCCACAAGGAAAAUGACUGGGGCUUUUCCAACUUCAUGUCAUGGAGUGAUGUGACUGAUCCUGAGCGGGGCUUUGUGGAGGAUGAUAAGGUCACGUUUGAGGUCUAUGUUCAAGCUGAUGCACCUCACGGUGUGGCCUGGGAUUCAAAGAAACACACUGGUUACGUGGGGUUGAAGAAUCAAGGAGCCACAUGUUACAUGAACAGCUUACUACAGACUCUCUUCUUCACAAACCAACUUCGACGGGCGGUUUACAUGAUGCCUACUGAGGGAGAUGAUUCCUCCAAAAGUGUUCCCCUCGCCCUGCAGAGGGUGUUCUAUGAGCUCCAACACAGCGAUAAGCCAGUUGGGACAAAGAAGCUGACUAAGUCUUUUGGAUGGGAGACUCUAGACAGCUUCAUGCAGCAUGAUGUACAGGAACUGUGCCGAGUGCUGUUGGACAAUGUGGAGAACAAGAUGAAAGGAACUUGUGUGGAGGGCACAAUCCCAAAGCUCUUCCGAGGGAAGAUGGUGUCCUACAUCCAGUGUAAGCAUGUGGACUAUCGGUCAGAAAGAAUAGAGGAUUACUACGACAUCCAACUCAGCAUAAAAGGAAAGAAAAACAUCUUUGAGUCAUUCAAGGAUUAUGUGGCAGUGGAACAGCUGGAUGGGGAUAACAAAUAUGAUGCAGGGGAGCAUGGUCUACAGGAAGCAGAGAAGGGUGUAAAGUUCCUGACCUUCCCUCCUAUCCUGCACCUACAGCUGAUGAGGUUCAUGUACGACCCUCAGACUGACCAGAAUAUUAAGAUAAAUGACAGGUUUGAAUUCCCAGAGCAGUUACCUCUGGAUGAGUUUCUGCAGAAGCCAGACGUCAAAGACCCAGCCAACUACAUUCUCCACGCCGUGUUGGUGCACAGCGGAGACAACCACGGGGGCCACUACGUCGUCUACCUUAAUCCUAAAGGAGACGGCAAAGUGAGUGUCACCGCACCAAUAUGGUGUAAAUUCGAUGAUGACGUCGUUUCACGGUGCACUAAAGAAGAGGCCAUUGAACACAAUUACGGCGGUCACGAUGACGAUUUGUCAGUGCGUCACUGCACCAACGCUUACAUGCUGGUGUACAUCAGAGAGUCCAAGCUCAGUGAGGUCCUGCAGCCAGUCACAGACAUGGAUAUCCCUCAGCAGCUGGUGGAGAGGCUGCAGGAGGAGAAGAGGGUGGAAGCACAGAAGAGAAAAGAGAGGCAGGAGGCUCACCUUUACAUGCAAGUACAGAUGGUGACUGAAGACCAGUUCUGUGGGCAUCAGGGCAACGACAUGUAUGAUGAAGAAAAAGUCAAAUACACAGUGUUCAAAGUUCUGAAAAGCUCCACUCUGGCUGAGUUUGUUCAGAACCUCUCACAGACCAUGGGUUUCCCGCAGGAUCAGAUGAGGCUGUGGCCAAUGCAGGCCAGAAGCAAUGGCACUAAACGGCCAGCCAUGUUGGAUUAUGAAGCAGAUUGCAACAAGUCUAUGAUCGACUUGAGUGAUAACGAAAACCCAUGGACAAUAUUUCUGGAAACUGUAGAUCCAGAAAUGGCCGCCAGCGGUGCAACGUUACCCAAGUUCGACAAAGACCAUGACGUUAUGUUGUUCUUGAAGAUGUAUGAUCCAAAAACCAGAAGCUUAAAUUAUUGUGGACAUAUCUACACACCUAUAUCCUGUAAAAUACGAGGCUUGCUGCCCGUUAUGUGUGAAAGAGCAGGGUUUCAGCAGGGAACUAGCCUUAUCCUCUAUGAGGAAGUUAAACCGAAUUUAACGGAGCGAAUACAAGACUAUGAUGUCUCCCUGGACAAGGCUCUGGAUGAGCUGAUGGAUGGAGACAUAAUUGUGUUCCAGAAGGAUGAUCCUGAAAAUGAAACCAGUGAGCUGCCUACUGCAAAAGACUACUUCAGAGACUUGUACCACCGUGUGGAUGUCAUCUUCUGUGACAAGACCAUUCACAAUGACCCAGGCUUUGUUGUGACACUGUCAAACCGAAUGAACUACUUCCAGGUGGCAAAGACUGUUGCGCAGAGGUUAAAUACUGACCCCAUGCUCCUACAGUUCUUCAAGUCACAGGGGUACAGAGACGGCCCUGGCAACCCACUCAGGCACAACUAUGAAGGCACUCUCAGAGACCUGCUGCAGUUUUUCAAGCCCCGGCAGCCUAAGAAGCUCUACUACCAGCAGCUCAAGAUGAAGAUCACAGACUUUGAGAACAGGAGGAGUUUCAAAGCCAUUUGGCUCAACAGUAUGUUUCGAGAGGAGGAGAUCACACUAUACCCUGACAAGCAUGGCUGUGUUCGGGACCUUCUGGAGGAAUGUAAAAAGGCAGUGGAGCUCUCUGACAAAGGCUCAGAGAAGCUGAGGCUGUUAGAAAUCGUCAGCUACAAAAUUAUCGGGGUUCACCAGGAAGAUGAAUUGCUAGAAUGUUUAUCUCCAGCAGCCAGUCGAACAUUCAGAAUAGAGGAAAUCCCUCUCGACCAGGUGGACCUGGACAAGGAGAAUGAAAUGCUGAUUCCAGUUGCACAUUUCCACAAGGAAGUCUUCGGGACAUUCGGAAUUCCCUUUUUGCUCAAGAUCCGUCAGGGGGAACCCUUCAGAGAAGUGAUGAAGAGAAUUCAGAGCAUGCUUGACAUUCAGGAGAAAGAGUUUGAGAAGUUCAAGUUUGCAAUAGUGAUGAUGGGCCGGCAUCAGUACAUCAACGAGGAAGACUACGAGGUGAAUCUGAAAGACUUUGAGCCACAGCCAGGGAACAUGUCGCACCCGAGGCCUUGGUUAGGGCUCGACCACUUCAACAAAGCUCCAAAGAGAGGUCGCUACACGUAUCUGGAAAAGGCGAUCAAGAUUCACAACUGACAAGCCCCCCCACUCUAACCGACCAUACUAAAGACUUUAACCAAACCUCUUGUGUGCACCACUUUUAACACCUGCUGUCUGGGGUACACAGGCACCAUGUAUGAAGUCUUCAGCGAAUGGAGUGACUGCUGAUGCUCCUGUUUUCCUUUUGAGGCUGUUCGAUUUGGCUUCUCUAACUAUUGACUGCCUAUUUGUCUGGAAGAAUGAAUUGGAUUUUAACAAGAAGGGGGAACAGUAUGUCCUAGACUUUUGUUUUGAUUUUUAUUUUUCGUUGUUUUCUUUUUGUUUUUCUUUUUAAGUUCGUUUUUAAGAAAAAUUGUUACGGCAAAGAAAGCUGCUGCAUUGUGAGGUGGAGGCGAUGGAAAGAGGAGUUUGGUCAUUUGCAGACGAUUUAAAGGAUUCCUCCAUCCUUCAACAAAAAAAAAAAUCACCGCAAAUGGCUGAGGCUUUUGCUAGUUGCCCUGACAUGGUUGUCUAUUUUCUGGUCCCUUAGUGCAACUAGUCCAAUUUUCAUGUUUACACGAUUCUUCUUUCUCACUUAGUUUGGUUGGAGAAAUUCAGUUUGUCUUCUCUGGAAAAUCCUGUAUAAUAAAGUUAAAGAGCCACAGCAUCCGUUUUAAAAUAAAUAAAAAUGAAAUAAAUUGUCUGUACUUCAUCUUGCACGUUGGCACUUAAUAUCCAAGGUUUUACAUUUCUCAGCACUGGUAAAUGUAAUCUUGGUGUUUGAUUUGCAUAUCCCUUUGGGUUUCUCUCCCCAUGAUUUUUUUUUUUUUUUCCUUUUCUUUUCCCCCCGUUCUUUAGCUCCUCUGUCACCGGCUGUGGGAUUAAUCUGAUGGGGAGGGAGGGGUCGCUUGCUGACGGCUCCAGAUUCGUUGUACUGUUUGUUGGCACGAGGUUGCGGACGUAUAGAAGACUGGUUUGGGACUUAGAGAAACCAGCAUUAAUGAACCAAUACCAUUUUUUUUUUUUCUUUAAGCACAGAAGGAAUGCUCCCUAGUGCAUAGUUGGCUUUGUAAAAACAAUUAAAAUUGUAUAUUUAAAGAAUGAACAUGUAAAAUUAAAAACGCCGAUUUGUUGGGUACAGAUCAAUUCAGAUGUUCAUAUUCAUUGUGUGUAGUUUUAUUUUGGAUCCUGACCGUUUCAUUUGGAAAUUUUUUUUUUUUUUGUUUGUUUUUUUGUUUUUUUUUGGUUCCUUAACUAAUUGCAACAGUUUGUCUCGUUUAAGUGCAGUACAAAGACGACCUGCAGAUCACAUCUUUCUUUUUUUGAUUUAUUUUUUUUCUCUCCAGUCUAAUUCCUCCGUGUAGCAGCAGUGUACGACAACUCUUCCUGUAUAUUGCCUUUUUGCUGGAAAAUGUAUGUUGAAUAAAAUUUUCUAUAAAAGCUACA